CCAUGACCCAGUGUCACUGUAUCACUCGAUUUAUCAUAGUUAGAGCUAUUGGUAUUUCUGCCUGCUUUCCGCAUCACAUUUACCAGCGGACCACCAUGCCCCAGUGAAGUCGUGGCUAAACUGUCUCGAGUCUAAGAUAUCCUGUGACGAAAGCCUACUCUUCUAAUUAGACAGAAAUUAAACAUUCGCAACCUAAACGGGCUGGUGUGUUUGGGCCAGGGAGGAACGAGGAACGGAAUUGGACAGUACGUGCUCUGUUUGUCACACCCCCUCGGUUCUAAGUGAAGCCUUCCCAUCAGAGAGAGGGACCCACACAGCUGCAGGAUACAGUAGCGCGCUGCAUUUGAGAACCCGGUCGAAUGAAACCGCAUUGAAUUCACUGUUCCUUUUGCGCUGUGACAAAACUGCUAAACGAAACUGAUAGAAAGGCUCGCUUAAAGUUAUUUUAUUUUGUUGUUUUGCCUGGAUUGCUCCCAAUUCUCCGAAAGCAUUUUGUCAGUGACACUGACAGCAACGGAGCUCGCAGUCACCAAAACUGUGAUCCGUCCUCAGCCGCAGGAGAAUUGCGACAAUAAUCGGGUACUAGGCUGUUCUUCUGAGAUCUUCUGAGAUCUUCUGAGGUCUGCAGCAGCUAUGUCCAAGACGACCAGAUCAGCCUCGCGCUCCCGGUCCAGGUCCCGGUCCCGCUCACCGACCCGAUCCCGAAGCCGAUCCAGAUCCCGAUCAAGGAAACGACGAUACAGCUCCAGGUCUCGCUCCAGGUCUCGCUCUCCUCACGGCCAGGGCCGGAACCCCCCCAGGGAGUACCAGAACAACCGGGGGUUCCGUGGGUUCCACCGCGGUUUCCGCAGGCCGUACUACUUCCGGGGCCGGGGGCGGGGCUUCUUCCCGCGCGGGCGCUACCAGCGUGGCGGCGGGGGGGGCGGCGGCGGCUACAACAACAACUACCGUCCCAACGGCUGGCAGAACUACAGACAGCACCCCCAGCAGAACCAGAACCAGCACCAGCAGUACUACCCUCACAGCCCCAGGAGAGGGCGCUCUCACAGCCCCAAGAAGCGCUCGGGGAGCCCUCGCUCCCACAGCCACUCAGACCGCUCCUCCUCGCCCCGGUCCAGGCACCGCUCCCCCUCCUCCUCCUCCUCCUCCUCCUCCUCCUCACGCUCCUCCUCCCCCAGGCGGAAGUCUACGGGCGGGGCGGGACGGCUGAAUGCCAGGGAUGUGAGGGAGGAGGAGAGGGAGGCCUCCAAGGAGGGUCAGAAGGGAGGAGGAGGUGAGGAGGCCGCUCCGCUCACAGGCGGUGCUGGGGGGGCCGAGGAGGCCGAGGAGGGAGCUAGCGCUAACGGUAACGCUAAGGCUAACAAGGCCGUGGGCAGGUGGCAGGGUCUGACCGACUACAGCACCAGCCCCAGGAGAGAGGGCUCUCUGUUCCCAGCAGCCACGCCUGGCCAGGCCCCCCCGGCCCAGGCCUCCCCGGGCCAGGCCCCCCCGGCCCCCACCCAGGCCAGCCCCCCUUCCCACAGCUUUGGUGAUGCUGGAAAGGGGGGCCCCUCCUCCAGGAGCCCCUUGUUGUCUGGCUUUGGCUUCUUCUCCAGAGAGGAUAGCUUGGCAGACAAGGAAGCCAUCUCGUCUGCCUUCAAAAAGUUUUUGGAAGAACACAAUAAUAAGAAAAAGCUCCAGUCGAUCCUGGAGAACGGCCGGGAGAAAGGGCCGAACGGCGUGGAGGCGGAGCCGGGGAAGGGGACCGGCAAGCCCCCUGAGGCGUCUGUCCCGCAGGCCCUCAGAGCCGCUGGCGAGGCGCAGAGAGAGCGCAGGUACGAGAGGCAGGCCAGCGAGGCCAGCGAGGCUGGAGUGUCUCUCAGCAGCUUCCUGAAAGACUCUCCCUUCCUCGAGGACGAGGAGAGAGAGGAGAGGGAGGAGAGGGAGGAGAGGGCACCCAAACCCCGCCCCAAACAGCCCCGUCAGGACGCCAGGCCGAACGAGGACGCCGGGCCGAGGGGCAGGGCGACGCGCUCAGCCCGCCAGCUGUUCGAGGAGCGGUUCGGCCAGUGGGAGGAGCUGGCGUACGCGCCGGCCGCCAGAGACGAUGACCUCGAGGCUGAGGGUCACAUGGGCAGGAAACAGGAGGCGGCCAUGGCUGCCGCGCUGGCCCAGAGAAAACAGACGGCCAUGUUUGCUGGCUGCCCCUCCCCCGAGAAAGGGAGCAGGGCUCGGAGGAAGGAGAGGGCAGUGUCCAGCCCCUCGCCCUCGCCCUCGCCUCCCCCCAGGAGGAAGUCUGACAGGGAAAGGUUCCUGAUCAGGGGGGUGGGGGACUCCCCCCCAAGGGCUUCUGGGAAAAAAGGAGAGUUCUGUGUGAGAAUGGACGGCCUCAGAGACGGCACGGCCAGCUCGUCCAAGGCGGUGUUGGGCGAGCGGCGUGCGUGUCGUGACCUGGGGCUGCUCUCAGAGCAGGAGGGCUUCUGCACCUCCCUCCGUCACGCUCACAGGAGCCCUGCCGAGCUCUACGCUCAGCACAUCGUCACCAUCGUCCACCGCAUCAGAGCACAGCACUUCUCCUCGUCAGAAAUGACCCUCAACGAGAGGUUUGCCAUGUACCAGAGGAGAGCAGAGGAGAAGGAGAUGGAGAUGGAGAAGCCAAGGAAGAGUCCUGAGAUACACAGGAGAAUUGAUGUUUCUCCGAGUGCUUUUAAGAAACAGUCUCACCUCUCUGAGCGGAUGAGAAACUCCGAGGACGGCAGUUACAAGAACCACGGCAGAGCGACCAGGAGCGACUCCAAUGACCUCCGGCUGGAUAUUGAGCGCCGUAAAAAGUACCCCACCCAGGAGCCCCACACCCAGGAGCCCCCCACCCAGGAGCCCCCCACCCAGGAGCAGGACUGUAAACGGGGAAGAGGGGGGCGGAGGGAGGAGGGCGACUCUCCUGACUCAGGGAGAGAGAAGUUGGCUGAGAAGUCGUCCAAACACCGCAAGAAAUCAAAGAAAUGUAAGAAGAAGCAUUCUCGCUCCUCCUCCUCCUCUUCAUCUGACUCGGAGGGGGGGGCUAGAGUGGGGUUCCCCCAGGAGGAGGCCCCCGCUAGAGAGGAGGGCUUCAACAGGGCUCGCCUGGGGCCCCGGGACGCUGGGGGCCCCGUGGAGAGGGGGCGGCCACGUGGAGGAUUUCAGCUCAGAAUAAGAGGGCGAGGCUGGAACCGAGGGAACUACCAGGGGAACUACCAGGGGAACUACCAGGGGAACUACCAGGGGAACUACCAGGGGAACUACCAGGGGAACUACCAGGGAAACGGAGGGGCCCCCUCCAACGUUCCCCCGCACUCCAACAACGAGGACUGGGACCCCGAGUACACCCCCAAGAGCAGGAAGUACUACCUGCAUGACGACAGGGACGAGGAAGGGAACAGGAGGUGGCUUGACACCCGGGGGCGAGGUCGGGGUUACUUCCCCCGCGCGAGAGGCCGUUUCCUGGUCCGGAAGGGUCCGCCGGGCACCUGCAGCAACGGGAGUCCCCGCUGGAGCCACGACAAGUUCCUGGGGACCAGGGAGGGGGGGCAGGAGGAGGGGGAACAGGACCACAAAGAGGGGGGGCAGGAGGGGGUUAUGGACACCUCUGAGCAGUGAGGAGGGGCAGGAGGGGGGGGGCAGGAGGUGGAGGGCUGUUACUCUCCUCUUGCCCCCGGGCCCCCAGCUGGGGUUGUUGCGUGGCGUCUGGUGAUACAGGUUAGAACAUGUAGCGCAUCUUGCAUCUUCUUCCAGAGCUGUGGUAGAGGACUGGGAAAUUAAGUGUGCCUUAGACGAGUGUAAAUACCUUUCGGACCCGCAGUAACAGUUAACACAAGAUGUUGAGGCCAAAACGGAUGAGUAUAAUAGAGAGGAGAGAGACGGGUGUUUUAUCUGGAGUGAAGCGUAGCGCACCAUCACAGAUGGCUGGGUCAGCUGAUGGAUUCUUCUGUCAGACUUUUUUAAGAUUAAAAAACUCAAAUAAAACAAAAACAUACAUGACAGCUCAGUUUUUCUCUUUUGCCUCCUCGUCACAUCAGCGUUAUCUGUCCUUUAGUGUCCCACAGGAAGACACAGUCUGAGCACGGGACCAAACGGGGAGGGGUCAGGGGUCAGGGAUAGUGUUCUGCAGACCUGCACACAGGCUGGUAGCUCAGUAGACACCAAAACUAAAACAUCCUUUUUCACAGAGACUGUUGACUGGAAGUCCACAUAUCUGCAUCGUCUACCCAGAAUCAAAUAUGAAAAAAAAGGGCUUUUGAAAUCAGACUGUACCCAGAUUUUAAUACUGUAGCUUAUUCCUUUCCUAGCAUUAUCCCACACUUAGGACUCGCAGUACUUUGAUAUGUACAGUAGUCGGUGACACUUCAGAUCCAGCUGAUCGUAAUAAGCGUUAGUUAAUAGGUUAUAAUGCCCUUAUAAGAUGCUUAUUAACAUUCAUAUGUGUUGAUAAGAGUAUAUAGGUUUUGAUAAUAAUAGUAGUGGUUAGGGUUAGUGUUAUCAUAAGAUGAAGUAAGCAUGAGUCUAUAAUAAGAUCCUUAUAAGAUGCUUAUUAACAUUGGUAUGUGUUAAUAAGACUUGUAAAUGUACUAAGACCUUCUUACCUUCUCACCUCUUUACUGAUGCUUAUUACAAGCAUCUGGAUAUGAAGUGUUGCCCAGUAGUCUAUAUUCAAGGGUCUAUAUUUUACCUGAUAUACUUAUUUUAAAAGCAUUAUUUUACUUUUGUCAAUAAUGCCAACCUUUUUGUGAAGCGAAUAACAAACAAUCAGUGAUCAAAUCAGUUCAUUGCAAAUUCUGAAUUUUGAUGUAAUUUUCUUUAAUUACUGUUUUCUUCUUCUCUUUGCUGUCUUUAAUGAAAGGUACAUUUUUAUGUGGUAGGCUUGAAACUCCCAGCCUGACUUGCAAGAUGGCUUGUUACACAGAACCAUCUGGGAAGUUGUGCCUGCACACUAUUUUGUAAAAGGGCGGGCACUUUCAAAGAAUCCUUGGCAGGUGAUUGGAUGAACCAUCUGUCUAUCAGGCUAAUUCAGCUUCCCCCGUAGCUGCCAGUAGCUCCUCAGAGGACGCUGGGUCCCACUGUGGGUCAGACGGAUGUGUUGGACGUUGGCAGGAUGGAUUCUCGUGCAAUUCCUGAUUUCGCUGAUCCAGCUGUAUCGCAAGGCCGUUCAACUCAGUCAGUCUUUGAUGGAAAAUAGAGACGAAGGUUCAAAUGGAAUUAUGGAAUAUUUGAUGUGUCUAAAAGCAUAGUUUUUAAAGUAGAUUUAUAUAUAUAUUGUUGCACUAUCUGGAAUUAUUUGUCUUUCUGUGGGGUUGCACUGCUUAAAUUGUACAGUAUACAUUGUGAUUUACCAAUUCAUGUUAGAAGAGACUUUUUUGAAUGUUUCCUUUUGCAAAGCCUUUUUCUCAGAUUUUAAAUUAAAAGCGGAUUAUGAUUCA